CUAAAAUUGUGAUUUUAUCAGUUCACUGUGAUAAGCGUCGUGUUAAAUAUUUAUUGUUUGACAAUACUCAUUACUAUUUACUCAAUACUCACAAUAGUCAAUUUGUGACGACGGCAAGCAACGUUCUCUACACGUAGCAGUUAUUAGCUAAUAAAAUAUUAUUAUUAUACAUAAUUAUAAUAACAUAACAUCAUCGCUGUCAAUCUUCAUUACUCAUUUGUAACAACUAUACAAUUUUAUAACGACAAAUCAUAAUACCGUGCACACAAUAUUACUUUUGUAAUAGCAAUGCUUGCCGUAACAACAAAACUCUUGACUUCAGUCAUUUGUUGUUCUACUGUCAUCACACAAUUAUGACGUGGUUCAUGUUUGAAAUAUUUUUUGCCUGUGAAUCUCUGAGUUUCUAACACUGGUAUUCGUAGCUUCACCACUAAUUUAGAAUGCCAUCAUAUCAUUAUGCUGACUAUGAGUAUACGCUGUCUAUUACAGCAGCGGCAUCAACGUAUGUUCAAUUCUUGUCCGGAUUUUUAAUUUGUUUGAACUUUAUGAAAAAAGGAAAAGUUAUCAACGAAUCAGUAUUCCCUUUCGUGACUGGAUUUCUUUCAUGUUCCUUAUGGUUGUAUUAUGGAAUAUUAAAAACUAAUGGAACAUUAAUUUUUGUUAAUACAUUUGGCUGUUUAUUAUUUCUUAUGUACACGAGUAUAUACUUUAAAUAUUCAUCAAAAAAGAACCAUGUGGUAAACUUGAUGUUAUUGGCUAUGAUAGUAAUUUUAUUGGUGUACACAGAUGUCCAAACGGAACAGGUAGUUGAAAAUGCUAUUUAUCGUGUUGGAUUGGCAUCCUGUAUUAUGACAAUGUUAUUUUUCGCUGCACCACUGUCAAAUUUAGUACAUGUUAUUAGAGUACGAAAUAGUGAAUCUUUGCCUAUGCCGUUGAUAGUUAUGACAUUUUUAGUUUCAACACAAUGGUUAGUUUAUGGAAGAAUAUUGCGUGACAAGUUUAUUAUGUAUCCUAAUGCUGUAGGCUGUGCACUUUCAGUUGUACAAUUAUUACUGCUCAUUAAGUAUCCAAGAAGACCAACUGAUUUAAAUUGCAAGUUGAUGGAUGCUUAAAACGCACAUAUCAUAUAUAUUAACAACAGCUAAAAUAUAUGACAACUGUUGAACUUGUGUACUACACUACUACCUCUACUGUAGCCCACCAAUUAUAUAAUAUAAGUUAAUUUUGUGAUAUAAUCUACUAAUAAGAAAUAACCAAAAUUUGGCUCCUAAAAAUUCACAAGAUCUACAUGAAUAAUGAUCACCUUCCUAUUUCAAAGUUGAGAAAUGCAUAUGAUUAUGUUAAUAUUACACUAAAAGAAAACCAUCACCUAUGUAAUAAAAAAUUAUCAUAUUAAUUUUAUAAGUGUUAUAAACUUAGUAAUAAACUAUACUUUCUAUUGUUAAUUGUUACAUUAGUUUAUGUUUCAUAGAUCUUAAAAAUUAUGAAAAUAUAAAUCAUUUCAGUAUUCUUAAAAAUAAAAAUUAAAAAAAAAAAGGUAUAGUAUUAACUAUAUACUGCUUUUGCUGCUGGUUUGGAUCUUAAUAUUAAUGACAUAAGUUAAGUUUUAAUAUGAUUUUUAAUUAAGCAACCUCUAAUAUUAUUUUAACCAAGUGACUCAUUGUGAUUGAAUUUUCAUUUAUUUUUCUUAGCACCUUAUUUAUUGUUAUUUUAUAUAUACUGUUGUAGUGGUUACCAAAAAUACCAAGUAUUUAGUAAUACUUUUUGUGGAACACAUGAUUGACUUUUAAUAUUUGUUAAGUGAUCUAUAUUGAAUCUCUGUGUUGUGAAAUAGUUUAUUAACUAUUAUUAUUGUAUUAAGAUAUAAAUUUAAAUUGUUUAUUUUUUUGUCCAAAUUUCAUUUAUUAUUACUAUUGUACCUUGAAAAAUAUAAAUGUGCUGUUAUAUAUAUAUGAUAUAAUUCAUCAUUAAUAAUUUAAAGAAAAUCAUUAUUAAUUUCAAGUAAUACCUUUGAAUUUUUAUAUAACUUUCCCAGCAACUAACUUAACUUGUGUAUGAUCUCGAUGGUUAUAGUUGUUGUCUUUUUAGUUUAGUUUAAUUGAAAUAUGACCUGUUACAAAUAAAUGUCUCCAUG